AUGGUCAUUUUUGACGUGCUGUGUAUGGUCUUGGACUGUACAUUGCUGAUUAUCCUGAGCAAGCAUUGUUCAGAACUGGUGUCCAAACCAUUCACCAACUAUUUUCCACAAGCUGACAUACACAAACUCCUCUCCCCCGACAUUCUACAUCAGCUAAUUAAGGGAGCGUUCAAGGACCAUAUCGUCACCUGGGUGCAUAAAUACAUCGAGGCUCAAUACUCGGAAAACGAGGUGAAUAGAAUAUUAGAUGAUAUUUAUCACCAGCCUUUGACGAUUUCCGGAGGGAAGAGGUUUCAAACAAUGGACAGGAGACGAUUUAAAAGCACUCAUGAAGGCCACAUACCUCCAGAGAUGGUGCUGACUUUGCAGGCCUUAAUCGACUUUAUAUAUAUUGCACGGCGCAAUAUCAUCGACUCCAACAGCCUCAAUGCGUUGGACGAUGCACUCAAGUGUUUCCACAGGCACUGUGAAAUAUUUCAAACAUCCAGUGUUCGCCCUAAUGGAUUCAACCUCCCUCGACAACACUCGCUUAUCCAUUACCACAAAAUGAUCCAAGCAUUUGGCGCACCAAACAGACUCUGUUUUUCCAUCACAGAAUCUAAACACAUCAAGGCUGUCAAAGAGCCAUGGUGGCGGUCCAGUCGGUUUGAAGCUCUCAAUCAGAUGUUACUGACAAAUCAAUGUCUGGAUAAGUUAGUGGCCUCUCGUAUCGACUUUGCUAACCAUGGGAUACUAAGAGGAACAUGUCUAUCAUAUAUCCUCGACAAACUUGGUACAUCUAUUUGUCCACUGCUUAUUAUUUACUGUUAA